CUUCACCCGUUUGCAAGCGCAUUGCUGAGUGGCUGGAAGGGGGAUUCCAAUGUCCAGUCCAAAUUAGGCCAUUCAUAGGCGUCUUUAAAGCGAGACUUUUGCAGCUGGACCAGUAUUGCAUCAUGGGGGGCAGGAAAAACGGGGCGACCCCACGUUGAGUCUUUAUGAGCGCGUGGCGCGAGACAGGCGAGAUCUGCUGGACUGGGAGGCAGCCCAAGCAAAGACACGUGUUAGAUUCUACAAAGUAAAGAAGGUCGUCUCUCUCGGCGUAUAUUGGAGACUCGAAAGUUUCUUCGGAGACGAACCUAACUUGGGCCGGAAGAAGCCAUGAGCCUGGGGAAAACGUCCAGCUCUCUCACGGUGGGGCUGAUGCUAGUAUUUUGCAUCAACAGGUCCUUCGGCGUCCCUACUUUUAGAAAGGAGAGAGUCGUGCGUCUCGAUCCCGAACUCGUCAACCGGCAACACGAAGAGAACCAGAGCUUUCAGUAUGACCACGAAGCCUUUCUGGGCAAAGAAGAUGCCAAAACUUUCGAUCAACUUAGCCCGCAGGAAAGCCAGGAACGGUUGGGCAAAAUUGUUGAUCGGAUUGAUGAUGACAAAGAUGGUUUUAUCACAACAGAAGAACUGAAAAAUUGGAUUAAAAGAGUACAGAAACGUUAUAUCUUUGAAAAUGUGGCUAAGGUCUGGAAGGAUUAUGAUCUCAAUAAAGACAAUAAAAUUUCAUGGGAAGAAUACAAACAAGCAUCAUAUGGCUACUAUUUAGAGCAUUCCAGAGAGUUCCAGGAUGCCACAGAGCAACACAAUUUUAAGAAAAUGCUACCCAGAGAUGAAAGAAGAUUCAAACAAGCUGAUCUGGAUGGUGAUUCAGAAGCAACUCGUGAGGAAUUCACCGCUUUCCUUCACCCAGAGGAGUUUGAGCAUAUGAAAGACAUUGUUGUUCUAGAAACACUGGAGGACAUAGACAAAAAUGAAGAUGGUUUUGUGGAUCAGGAUGAAUACAUUGCUGACAUGUUUGCACAUGAAGAUGGGAGACCUGAACCAGACUGGGUGGUAACGGAACGUGAACAGUUUGCAGAUUUUCGAGAUCUAAAUAAGGAUGGGAAGAUGGAUAAAGAGGAGAUUCGACACUGGAUUCUUCCAAAAGAUUAUGACCAUGCACAAGCUGAAGCAAGGCAUUUAGUUUAUGAAUCGGAUGUAGAUAAGGAUCAGAAGUUAACCAAACAAGAGAUUCUAGAUAAUUGGCGCAUGUUUGUUGGAAGUCAGGCUACAAAUUAUGGAGAAGACCUCACAAAGAAUCAUGAUGAGCUAUAAUAUUUUUUGAAAAACAAAUAUAUCAAGAGACUUAUGUCUGAGUUGCCUGUAGAAGACCUGAAUAACAGUGGUCAUUAUGGCAAAUUAAUUUUGCACCAGUAUAUACUUUCUAACAAAAAGCAAUUCUGUUAAUACCAUUGAAUGGCACAGAUGUCACUUCUUCUAAAUGCGUAUUUUAAUGAAUUCAUUGUAACUUAGGGAGUGCACUUUCCGUUUGUAGCUCGACAUACUUUCACUUCAAUCCUAAAUAUGUAAACUUGGAUUUAUCACUAAAAUCAGUGAGAUUUAACUAGUGAAACAGACUAAGCCAGCCUCCCAUCUUACUACUUAACAUGUAGUACAUCAUACUGUGUGUGGAGGGUUGAAUAAUUCAGUGCUCUUUUCAUAGUAUAGCCAAACCCCAUAUUUCAAAGUAUAUGGAGUCUAUCAAAUGUGUUGGGAUACAACUCAUCGCCAAUCCACAAGACUAAUGGUAGAUGAAAAGCUUGGCUUUCAUCCCUGCCAUGUAGGGAUUUCUUUGAUGUCAGAAUGUUUCAAAUGUUUUAGCUCAUGUAUAAUGAAGUGGUAGAAGCAUGAUAUAAGGCUACGUCACAUGAAAUAUACUAUCAUCAAGAUGCAUUGCUCAGGAUUUCAGCGAUAGGUCUCUACUCAGAACCAAGAUCCCAUUGCAGAAGGUUACACAACUCAUAAUGCCUUUGACAGAGAAAUGAUCGGCCUUGUCAUUUCUGAGGGUUAUUGCAAAGGGACCAUCACCUAGAACUCAUUCCCUUCUAGACUGAUGAGAAUGUGUGGAUUGGGAUGUAUAUUUUUUUAUACAAAAAGCUCCAGUAUUUUCAUAAGGAAGAAAAUACAUAUGUUACAUAGUUUUUCUAAUUUUUUCUUCUAAGAUGGGCAGGCAUUCUUGGAGACCAAUUCUCAUAUUUCUUUCUAAUGGAAAUUGUAGUUUUAAAACGUCUGAAAGGCUCCAGAUUGCCCUCGCUGUUCAAAGAUGUAAUUUAUGGGUUGUAUGUCUGUUCCGUUUUGAAAAUUUUUAACAGCAGAAAAGGUGCUCAUUUUCAUCUUCAUUUGCUCCUUACAAGGAAGUAUAUUGGUACUGACUAGUAUGAAAGACAAAAGUACCACAGGGAAGGAGAAUUUGUACACAUCCCCUUUUGAGUAUUUGCUAUUGGAGAAGACUUGAGCACAGGCUGCUAUCUUGAUGUGGGAUCUUGUGAGGUAAAUUGCCACUUUUAGAUUUUUGCUCUUGAUUUUUAACUUACUGUAUGUCAUACGACAUACAAGCUUUUCCAGAAUUUUUGCCUUUAUGGACCAGAAACCAUGAACAAUAAAUACUUUGGUUUUAAAAUCCCAAAAGUGGAAUUUAAGAAGGCAUUAUUCUAAAUACUUUUUUCCCUAAUACAAUUAGUGACUGCUUGUGGAAAAAACAUCUUUCCUGAUAAUUCAUUUUCUGACAAAAUUCAAUCUGAUGUGAAUGGGGAAACACCACAUACUGUACACGUUGUAGGCUGCAACAAGAUAAAUUGCAGCUUUUUCCAACUUGACAUUCUCCACAUGCUUUGGAUUAUAGCUCACAUUAUCUACAGCAUGAGGAGAAACUAACUGGAAAUUUAUGAAGUAGUCAUAAUACCUCUGGAGGCACCAGUCUGAGAAAGACUGGAGUACCAUGGGCUUCGUCCCACACAAUGCUAAGCUAUAAUUUGGCUUGUUUCUGCCUUAGCAUGUUAUGAAAAACAUGGAUUGUAGGUCAGCUUAAUAUAGGAACCCAAGUAUUGUGGUUUAAUCAAUCAAUCCUGGGCUUAAUGUUAUAUGAAUCCAGAUGAUUCUGGAUAGCUAUAUUCCUGCAGUGCAUCAUCUCAAUUGCUGCUAUUGUUCAGGGGUAAUAGUUUUUAUUCUGCAUGGAUGACAAAGAUUGAACUAGUUUUUUUCAGAAGGCAGCUGGCUGUAUCUUAGGGGAGGAUACACCAUGUCAGACAUGAAAAAGAGGUUUCCACAAUAGCAUUCCAUGCACUGUCCUUUCCUAGUGGAGGAGAAAAUCUCAGUCACUUAUUGGGAAAAAUGGCACAGUUUGCCUUUGUAGAACGAGAAGUGAAUGCACUGCUCUUAAUAUCCGAAAGAUAGAAUGGCUCUGGCACAAUGUGUGAUCUCUGUUGGGAAAAACUAAUCCCAUACUUAAUUUACCUGGGAAUGCUAUUGGAUGACAUGCAAGAACUCAGAUUUUAUCUCUGCUGUCAACUAGUAGCCAUCUAAAUUUUUGCAGCCCAGAUAUGCCAUGUAGUACCACAAAAAUGGCAGCAUGUUAUUAAAACAGUUUUUAAAGAGUGGCUUACAUGGCAUUCUUGGGGAAGUACCAGUAAAUAUAUGCUCUACCAAGGUGAAGAAAUUAUUUGGGAUAUAUACAUAAUCCAACUUUACACCACCUUUAUCCUUGCAUAUUCUCCUCUGGCCUGUGCCAAGCUGUUCAUUUUCAGGCUUCAAUUCUCAGAAUUUCCACAAACAAACAUAGUCUUUGAUGAUGCUGUUUGGGAUUUCUGGAAGCUGUAAGUAUAAUAUAUCUGAAGAACAUUAGAUGGGAAAGAUAUUAAUUUUUGGAACCAAAGAAUAAUGGGAGAAAAUUCAACAAAAUUUACAAACUUUCUUAAAAAAUACUUUCAGUUCUUAUGAGUAGCUUGAAGUGAUAUUUAGGAUGUUAAAAUGGAAAUCAAUGAAAAUCCUAACUACAGCAAUCUUGAAACAUUUUGAUAUUUCAGGAUGCUUUUUUAUAUACACAAAUAACUAAAAUAGACCAACAGUGCUGGGUUUAAAAUGAAACACUAUUUAAUAAAAUCAAAGCUUUGCUAGGUGAUAAGCCUAAGCAUAAUCAAUCAAUCAAUCAAAAAGGAUUUUAAUGGAGCUUGACUCUUCCAGAGAUGUUUGUCUUGGUAAUAUCAUUAAAGUCCAAUUAUGAUAAAUGCUACAAAAUGUUACGGUAAUACUAUGUCAUAUAGUAUUAUUUAUCUUCUUAGUAUGAGAAAGUAUUAAUUGCUGGGAACCAUGAUUCAUUCCUGCAAUGCAGAAAUUAAUUUUGUGUUUCUCAUCAGUUACUUCAGAUUUUUUUCUUCAUGAAUGGAUUUUUGUAUGUGCAGGUUCUCUGUCAACACUAUUGUGACACAGAUCUUCCAUUAACUAAAAUAUUUUACUUAUGGCAGUGUCAUAACACACAAAAGAAACCUUCUUUCUUCAAUACGUAGAAUGUUUUUAAGAAUUAGUAUGCAUUAACAUUUUUGUUAUUAGGACUUACCAAAUUUAAUUGGCUAAUACCUAUUGUCUUAAAAUCCCACAUGCAUCAGCCAUUUCCAAUCAAAGUAGUAUUUCUCCUAUAUGAUAGAGAAAAUACUGUACAUAUUUUUAUAUAAGGACUAUCUCCAUACUUUAUAUAUGCUCUAUACAAGCUGAGCUUAUUCUUACUGACAUCACUAGAAAGUUCAUAAUGUUAUAAGAGAGAGAUAUAACUCACUGUGAUCACAAACAAUAAGUAAACAUACAGUUUAUUUGGAACGUUUGUCCUAUGUUUACUUGAAACCCUCCCCCCCAAAUGUGUAUAUGGAAUAAAGCUCCUGACAUAAA